AUGGCGGUGUUAUCCGAUUCUAGUCUUGAAAAGAACCCUGACCAAGACCGAACUGGUGAACCUUCCCUGGGCAAUGUGGCUGAACCAGGCUCGGUACCAGAAGCUCCUGAAGGGGGUAACAAAGCAUGGUUAAGCCUCCUAGGAGCGUCGACAGCUAUGUUUGUAUCCUUUGGCUGGGUAAACUGCAUUGCAUUAUUCCAGGCCGAGUACGAGACCAACCAAUUGAAGAAAUACAGCCCAUCAACAGUCUCCUGGAUCACAUCAAUGGAAUCGGGGAGGAUGUUUGAUAACUACGGGCCUAGGCUCCCGGUCGCCAUUGGAACCUUCAUGCACGUCUUUGGCCUCAUGAUGACAAGUCUGUCCAAGGAAUACUACCAAUUCGCAUUAAGUCAGUCGGUCUGCUCAGGGAUCGGGGCAUCACUUAUCUUUACGCCAUGUAUGACAGCUCCCAUGACCUACUUUCGCAAGAAGCGAGCAAUUGCUGGGGGUUUGGCCAUUGCAGGCUCAUCUCUCGGCGGUGUUAUCUUCCCACUUAUGGCCUCACAUCUUAUUCCAAAGAUUGGCUUUCCGUGGACGAUGCGGGCAUGCGCCUUCAUGAUUCUCGGCCUUCUAGUCAUUACCAACCUUACCAUCUCGUCUAAGCUUGUCCACCACCCAAAACCGUUCAGAAUCUCGCAGUAUGUCGGCCCAUUAAAGGAAACGGAUUACAUCCUCAUGUGUGCUUCCAGCUUUUUCCUAUACUGGGGAAUGUUCGUACCAUUCGAUUAUAUUGUCUCCGCCGGUAUACACUAUGGCUUGUCGCCUUCAGUGGCCUUUAAUCUCAUCCCAAUUCUUAACGGGACUAGUUUCAUCGGUCGAACGGUACCUAACGUUCUUGCGGAUAAAUUUGGACGUUUUAAUGUGAUGAUCAUCAUGGUGGUUUUCAGUCUUAUUAUCGUUCUAGCUCUUUGGCUUCCCGGGCGCAGUGAGGGAGCUAUAAUAACCUUUGCUGCCUUGUUUGGGAUAGGCUCUGGUGCAUGUAUUGGUCUUGGGCCAGUGCUCAUUAUGGGUAUCUCCCCUAUCCAAGAAGUUGGCUAUCGGAUGGGUACAAUAUUCGCUAUCGCAGGCAUCGGUGCGCUGACCAGUCCACCAAUCGGAGGUGCUAUCGCCCAAAUAUCUGAAAACGGUGACUAUAACUUCGCAUGCGUAUUCAGUGGUGCGAACUACUUUAUAUCAGUAGUUUUCAUCAUCAUCCUCCGAGCUCGGGUCGUGGGGUGGAAGAUAACGGCCAACGGAUAG